AGAAAUUGAAGACACUGAGAAGGAUGAAAAGGCCGAUGAUGGAAACAUUAACAAACCUUUUAGCUUCCCUGAGUUUGCUGAACAAUUUGUUCACCAUGGCUUUCUUCAGAAAGACAUGAAAAAUUCAGAAAUAGGAUCUUUAAGCUCACUGGAUAGGAAGAACUGUUUCACUGAGAAGAAAAAUGUGGAAUCGCCAAAGAAAGUCCAGACAGGAGUGAAGUUUAGCUGUGAAGACUGUGGUAAAACCUUUAUUGGAAAAGGCACUUUAAACAAACACAUGAGAAUCCACACUGGACAGAAACCCUUCUGUUGUGAUGUAUGUGGACACAGAUUUACUGAAAAAGGACAUUUAAACAGACACAUGAGAAUCCACACUGGACAGAAACCGUUUUGUUGUGAUCUAUGUGGAAAAAUAUUUAACCAAAAAGGACAUUUAAACUCACACACGAGAAUCCACACUGGACAGAAACCUUUCUGUUGUGAUCUAUGUGGAAAAAGAUUUACCAGAAAACUAGGUUUAAACACACAUGUGAGAAUCCACACUGGACAGAAACCGUUUUGUUGUGAUCUAUGUGGAAAAAGAUUUACCCAAAACAUAGAUUUAAACAAACACAUGAGAAUCCACACUGGACAGAAACCAUUUUGUUGUGAUCUAUGUGGAAAAAGAUUUACCGAAAAAGGACAUUUAAACACACACAUGAGAAUCCACACUGGUCAGAAGCCUUUCUUUUGUGAUCAAUGUGGAGAAAGAUUUACCCAAAAAGGAAGUUUAAACAAACACAUGAGAAUCCACACUGGACAGAAACCUUUCUGUUGUGAUCUAUGUGGACAAAGAUUUAGCCAAAAAGGAGGUUUGAACAAACACAUGAGAAUCCACACUGGUCAGAAGCCUUUCUGUUGUGAUCAAUGUGGAGAAAGAUUUACCCAAAAAGGAAGUUUAAACAAACACAUGAGAAUCCACACUGGACAGAAACCUUUCUGUUGUGAUCUAUGUGGACAAAGAUUUAGCCAAAAAGGAGGUUUGAACAAACACAUGAGA